AUGGAAGAGUUUAAGGUACCCAAGAACCCAAUACAAGCAAGACUAGAAGCUCAACGCAAAGCCAACCAAUCAACCUCUCCAUCAACAAAAAAUGCAGUUAAUAGAGCGCCAUCAUCUCAAUCAGGUUUCCAUAAUAUUCGAGUAAUACCUCCUGUUUCAACUUUAUCAUCUCAAGAAAGAUCUAGAGGACAUUUAGCACCUCCAAAUUCAAACCCUAUAACAAGACCUGGUGGAUUACCAGGAAGAAUACCGCCUGGGAUGGCUCCUUCAUCUUCAAAUGCUUCAUUUCCAAGUAUAAAUUCUGCACAAAGAGCUGGUGGUUCUUCUUCACAAGGUGCUCGAAAAAAAGUUGGUUUAGAACCUGGUUGUUCUCCAUUAGAUUGGGCUCGUUUAAAUUCUUCAGGACAAAAUUUAAGAGGUAUAUUUCCAAAUGAAUUCCCAUUAAAAGUUUCAAAAGAAUUAUUAAAAAAUCAUAAAUCUCAAAAUGAUUGUUGGACUGUAUUAAAAGGUAAAGUUUAUAAUAUAACUCCUUAUGUUAAAUUCCAUCCUGGUGGUAUUGAAGAAAUUAUGAAAUGUGCUGGAAGAGAUGGUACUUCUUUGUUUAAUAAAUAUCAUAGUUGGGUUAAUUUUGAAAGAAUGUUGGAAAAUUGCUUUGUUGGAUUUUAUAUUGGUUAA